GCGCCGCCUUCCCGCUCGCGGGCGGAGAGCGCGCUCGCUCGCUGGCAACGGCCGGGGCGGGGAGCGGCCGGUGCCGCCGGUGCCUCCUCCUCCUCCUGCCGCCGCCCCCUCGCCUGCCGCCGACGCCGGGCCUGCGCCCGUGUUUGGAAAUUGAUUAAAGAAUCUCCAUGGAGUUAAAUAUGGCAUCAAAGCAGUCAUCUCCUUCAACAGAGGAGCAGGCUUCCUCUGAAAUAGAUGAUCUCUGUCUAUCGCUGCAAGUGCAGCGAGAGCUUACACAGAAGAAAACUUUCACUAGCUGGAUAAAUUCAGUAUUGGCAAAGCAUACACCUCCUUCUGUUAUCUCAGACCUAUAUACAGACAUACAGCAAGGACAUUUGCUUUUGGAUCUGUUGGAAGUGCUUUCAGGGCAACAUCUGCCACGGGAAAAAGGAUUUAAUACCUUUCAGUGUAGAAGUAACAUAGAAAAUGCUUUGACAUUUUUAAAGAGCAGAUCACUCAAGCUCAUAAAUAUUCAUGUUGCUGACAUUAUUGAAGGAAAACCUUCCAUUGUGCUUGGCCUGAUUUGGACAAUUAUAUUUCAUUUUCAUAUUGAAGAACUUGCGAGGACACUUGCUUUUACUUACAAUCAGCCUUCACUUGAUUGUUCAAGUGCUGUUGACUCCUCUCCAAAGGCAAGUCGAUCAGCUAAAAAAAGCGCUAAAAUUAAGGAACAGUGGAAGAUCUCUGCUACAAAGGCUCUUUUGUUGUGGGCAAAAGAACAGUGUUCACUGUAUGGCUCUAUUAAUGUGACUGAUUUCAAGUCAAGCUGGCGAAGUGGACUGCCUUUUUUAGCCAUCAUCCAAACCUUACGACCAGGUCUAGUUGAUUUGGAGAAGGCAGAAGCUAGAAGCAAUAAAGAGAACCUGAAAGAAGCUUUCAGAAUAGCAGAACUGGAGCUGAAUAUUCCACGGCUUCUUGAACCGGAAGAUGUUGACAUUAUGGAUCCGGAUGAAAAAUCAAUCAUGACUUAUGUGGCUCAGUUUUUGCAAUACUCCAGGAAUUUGUGUGAGUCUGAAGAAGACACGCAGGAAAAAGUAGGAGAGGCCACGAGAUGGUUAGCUGCACAGGAGAAGAAGUUAGCACAGUUGCUGAUUGACACAGAGAAUGAAACACACUACCAGAAAUACAAAGAAAUGAUGUCCUUUAUGGAAGCAUUUAACCAAGAAAAAAAACCCUUCCUGCCUGUGUUGUCACCUAAAAGAAAUGAAGCUGAGCUGAGUGAAGGCCACCAGCAGAUGAGGGAAGAGUGGGACAAACUGAUCUCUCAGAUGAAUGAAUGGAAAGCGAAGCUGGACCAGAUGUUGCCCUCCCCUCUGGAUAGCAUUGAGGCUUGGCUUCAGGAGGUAGAACAUCUGCUGGCAGAAGAAUUGCCUGAUUUGCAGGACCCGUUUAAAGCAAUGUUUGUCUUCAGAGAAAUAAUUGUAGUAUUUAAGGGCUUGAUGAAUUGUUUUGAUUCUCACUUGGACACCCUUCAGUCAUUUAAGAAUGAAGAUGAGAAGAGUAUGCCGCUAGUCUUGCCUGAAAAGUUAGAGGAAAUGAAAAGAAGAUUCAGCAAUAUUAGUUUCACAAGGUCCAGCACCUUUCUUGAAUACCACUAUGGACUGUGCUCAGCCAUUGCCAAUGAGGUGAUGUUAAAGCUGAAUAUUUCAGACAUGAAAUAUGGGUCAAAAGAGUCCGUGGAAUCACUGCUGGAAAAUUGGAAUAAUUUCAUUGAAGAAAAGAGACUUGAAACGCAACUAGAAACUGCUACUCACAUCUGUGAAGAUUUGAAAAACAAAAACAUAAGCAGUCCUGAUUUCGCUGGAGAUCCUCAAGAAAUUAGCAAACUUUUUAAGACAGUGCGGUCAAAGAUUUCUGUGUGCAGAGACUAUAUUUCCAAUGUAAAUACCACCCUACAUAAAGUCCUGUCUUCCUGGAGUAAUUAUACAGAAAACAUCCGCUUACUAAAGAUGUGGCUGGAUGAAAACAGAGAUGAGCAUCUGAAAGAGAUCCCUGCUGAGAAUCUGGCAAAGUGGAAUUUGGUUCAUGGUUCCUUAAAUGAAGCUGGAAAUUAUCUUAUCAAAGUUAGCAAAGAGCAAGUUGGAUCAAAUAUUGCCAAAGAGCUGAAGAAACUGAACAGGAGAUGGGCAAAGUUCAUCAAGAGGACACACUUUGUUGGUGGUGAAGAGAGCACAGGUGCUGCUGAAAAGACCAGGGAGCUUCCAGGGAGCCUGGAGAAAACUGACGAGCUCCUUGGAGGGGUGGACGGCUGGGCAGCAGAGGCUGGGUGUCUGCUGAGUGAGAUCAGUCAUGAGGGGCUUGUGGAACCUGAGCUGAAGGAACGUUUGCAGAGCCUGGCUGCAAGGGGAACUUCAUGUCGAGAACAAGUUGUGGCAGCAGAAGAGGUCCUGCAAUCCCUGACGCAAAACGUUUCAAGUCCGGUGUUCCAAGAGCAUUCUCACGUCCCUGGAUUACAGGCACGAAUUAAAGAAGCCAGAGGCAAAAUAGAGGCUGUCAUGGGUGACAUUAACAAUAUCUUGUCCAAAUCUGAGAAGAGACCCUCAGAGAAGGAGGCUUUGCUCAAUUUUGAAGAAACCCAGAAAGAACUUGAGGCUUCUAUUUCAAAGGCUGUGCAACUUGUCAGUCAAAAGUUAAGUCCUGAAGAAUGUGUUUCCAGAUACGAGGAGGCUUUUAAUGCUCUGGACAAUAAAGCUCUUGACAAAUUUUUGAAAGCAGCAGAACAACUGAAAAAUAUUUCACCUGAUCAUGAAAAACUGGUAGUGGAAGAAAAGAGUAAGGAUGUUCGUAGAAGAUGGGAGGAAGUUCAUCAUGAAAUUAUAUCCUAUGUCCAGCUUAUAGUAGAAAGGGAAAAAAAGAAAUUUAAUGCAACUUUUAAAAAAAUCAAUAAGCAAUUAGGCAAAGAGAAGAAACUCCUAAGUAUGGAUAAAACCAAAGGGCUCAUCAAGGAACAUGAGGCCUUUUUUUCACAUGAAGGCAGCCAGAGAGAACUUAGCAAGUCAUUAGAAAACCUUAAAAUAUUGGGAAGACUAUCAGAAGAAAUCAUCCCAGGGUUACAGACACUGACUGCAGACUGUGAGCAAAAGCUAGAAAAGCUUCAACAAAGUGUGGCAGAUACUUACACAGCCCUGCUGUCUCAUGCUGGAAAAGGACAGUCAUCUAAAAAAGAGAGCUCUGUUGUUUCUGAGAAUGGAGAAAAGCCUGGUUCUUCUCAACAAAUUGGUAUCUUCUCAGUGCAGGAGACCUCAAGACCUGCUGCAGAUACAGUUUUGGAACCAGAUGUGAAACAUCACAAUGGAGAAAGCUGUGCAAAGAAAUUUGAGGAAGACAGUGAUUUGCCCAUACCAGCUUUAUUGGAGAGCUAUAACACACAAAGAAGUAACCUGGAGGAACUUUUACAAAUAAGCCGAGAUAAAGUAGCAUCUGGCUUUACAGAUGAAGUAAAAGGCACUUCAUGCCUUCAGAAUAAGCUGCUUGAGCUACAGGUGGUAGAGAGUGAAACUGUUAGUGGUUGGACACAAUUCGAAAACAUCUCAUCUACCUUGGAAAAUCUUGGAGUUGAAGUGCAGCAGGCUGCUAUCUCUGAGACAAGAAGCAAAUUAAAAGAAGAAUGGGAAGAGCUUCAGGAUAUUAUAAGUAACAGAACAAACUCUUUAAGGACGGCUUUGGAAAUUGUUUUGCCAAUAGAAAAUGAAUCCAUUCUUCUAUGUGAAUUAGAUCAGCGGCUGAAGAAGAAGGAAAUCCAGCAGUUUAAUCUGAUGAAUAGUGAUCUUGCUUAUAGGGAACUAAAGGAGCUACAGAGGUCCAUAUUAAAUCAGAUUGAAGUGUGCAAACAAUUGGAACACCUAGAGAGUUCAGCAAGAGAUGAAUUUAAUCCAAUAGAUCUGCAAGCUGCAAGUAAAAUCAUGAUUUACUAUCAAAACCAGCUUGAAGAAAUGAGCCAUAAAAUGCAGAUCCGUGAGACAGUCCUCAAAGAUCUGGAAGAUUUCAUGGCCUCAUUGAGGAAGUGUCAGUCUUCCAUCAAAUGCCUCACAGAUCCCCCAGGUCACCCUGAAACACAGGGAAAAGCAUUGAGAGAGGCUGCACAAGAAGUUUCUCACAUGAUAGAAAAGGCUAAAUGUUUGGAUGAACGCUUGAAAACAGUUGAUAUCUGUCUGGAAGAUGGUGAAUGUGGGAGAAAGACUUGCUGUGAAAACCUUGUUCUGACUUUAUCUGAAGCCCUAAAGGCAACUUGUGAUUCCUCAAGUGAACAGAUGCUUUCAGAGGAAAAAGACUUAUACGAGAUCUUUUCCACAAAAAACGGUGAACUCCUUAAAAAUAUUCAGGAUCUAUGUGACAGAAUUAACAAAAUAGGCUUGAAGGAUCCAACGAUUCCAGCUGUUCAACAAAGGCUAAAAUCAUUAAUGGAAUUGGAAAAGGAGUUGGAUCGUGUUGCUGUUGAAAUGAAACCUAUGCAAGAAAUUGCUAAUAAGCUCCUACAGAUCAAAGAGGAAAAAGCAGAGGAAGCAAAUGAGCAGUGCAGAGUUACAGAGAGGUUAUGGGAGGAUACAAAACUCUUGCUUGCUGAAUGCCAGGAGCAGUGUGCAAGGGCUCUGGAGCUCCUGAAGCAAUAUCAAAGCUGCAAAACUAGUCUGACCAGCAUUAUCCAGAAACAGGAGAUUAUGCUUUCACAGCAAGCUUCUUACAUGGGGAAGGAGAAUCUGAAUAGACUGAUAACAAAGAUUGAAGAGGCAAAAGAAGAAUUUAAUGAACACUCAGAAGAUGUAGACAAAAUAAAUCAGAUCUGCAAAAACCUUCAAUUGCAGCUCAAUAAAAUGAGAAGCUUUGAGGAGCCUCCAUUUGAGAAUGAGGCUAACAUUAUUGUGGACAGAUGGCUGGAUAUCAAUGAAAAGACUGAAAACUACUGUGAUAAUUUGGGAAGAGUUCAGGCUUUGUGGGACAAACUCCUUGGUUUAUCUGGCGCAAUCGAUGCUUGGGCAAAUGCAGAACUGAAGAAUGCAGAAACCCAUUGUCUGACUGAAGAGGACCUUACACAGCUGAAGGCAUGCUUACGAGUCCAGGAGCAGAAGCUUCAGAAAUUUGACAACACGGUGGCUGAGAUAGAAGAACUUCUGAAUAGUAAUGAACCUCCACUGGAACUACAGGUCAUCAGAUCAUCUGUUGUGCAAAAAAUGGAGCUAAUAAAAGAGCUCUUGUCAAUGAAGCAGGGGACCAGUGAACUCAGCAUGAAUACAGCAGAACUAAAAGGAGACCUUGAUCUGGCCAAGACACAAAUUGGAAUGACUGAAUCACUUUUAAAAGCUCUGUCUCCUUCUGACACCUUAGAGAUCUUCACUAAAUUAGAGGAGAUACACCAGAAAAUUCUGCAACAAGAACACCUUGUCACAUUACUCCAAGAAGAGACGGAUUGUCCUGAUGUGGAUGAAUUAAAUAAGCAGCUUAAAUGUGUUAUUGAUUUAUUUAAUAAGAAGAAACGUGUGUUUCAAGAUCACUUUAUAGGGGUUUUGAACCGUCAAUGCAAGAAUUUUAAUGACUGGUUCAGCAGCACUCAGCUGUCUUUGAAGGACUGCUUUGACCUGUCAGAAACAAAACCAAUAAUGGAAGAAAGACUGCAGAGGCUAACGCGCUUCUUAACAUCUGAAGGCAAAGACAGAGAUAUCCAAGAAGUUAAAACUUUAUUGGAUAAAGUGAAGCAUUACUUGUCCAAAGCAAGCAUUAUCCACCUUAACAGCUGUGUGAGAGAUCAAGAAGCAGAACUACAAAGACUGGUCUCCAAAUGUCAGAAACGGGAAAAGGAGCUUGGUGCUUCUCUCCAGCAGCUCAGUAGCCUUGAAGAAAGCAGGACGGUCUUAGAAGAAUGGCUCAUUGCUCAGGAAGAAAAACUCAAAGAGAUCCAAAAAGAUGAGACAAAACUUGAAAACUUCUAUAAAACACUGUUAGCACAGAGAAAACCAUUUGACUCCAUGGCUCAGCUAGUAAAUUCCUUGAGGGAGACUGGGCUGACAGAACAUGAAACUGUUUCAGAAGCUGCUCAUCUUCUUAGUAGAUAUCAGACACUGAUAACACAUGUAAGUGAAAUGACAGGCAAUACUGAGAGACUUCCAGUGGAAGGACAAAAUUUUGAAGAACUUGUCCAGGAUGUUUCUUGCUGGAUCAAAAAGCUGGAGGAGGCUGUCAAUAACCUGAGUUCACAGGGAAGUGAGUUGCCAUCAGACAAAAGGAUUAAUCAGAUAAAGGAAAUCACAGCUCUCAGAGAUGCGGGAGAGGCCAAAAUACAGAACAUGGUAGCUCUAGGAGAAGCUUUAAUGAAAAAUGAGAAAAGUAGGAAGCCAGUGGUUCAGCAGACUAUUUCUGAGCUCCAGAACAAGUGGGAAAGCAUCUGUCAGCAAACCACUGAAUAUAGAAGCCCUCAAGAGCAACUUCAGUUCAAGAGGGAGCGAUAUGAGCAAAGCAAAGAAGAUCUGAGACUGGCUUUGACUGAAGUGGAGAAACAGCAACAGGAGAUAGGUUUUGCCCUUCAGCCUGGUUUGAAGGAGAAGCAAGCGCAGCUGACAAACUAUGCAAACCUCCUGCAGAAAGCAGAAAACUUAACUUCCCGAUUCAAUGAAUUGGAAAGCCAGGAAGACUGCCUACAGGGUCACACUGGGGAUUCCUGCUUCCCAGAGAUGGAAUGGUUGGAAUUAAAGCACCAACAUGAAAAUCUGCUCAGCCAGCUACAGACCAUAGUGCAGACAUUGGAAAGUCACGUUCAAGAGCACCAGCAGUUUCAGGAUAUGGUAACGGGCCUGAGCACUGAGCUGAAAACUGUCUCUGAGAAGCUUGCUGCUUGUAAAGGUCCAGCAAUAGAACAACCAUCAGCUGAGAAAAAACAGUUGAAAUCACAGGAACAACAAGGACCUCUUAGUCGAUGCGAAGACAUGUUAAAGAAGAUUUUGAUUUUAGCAGAAACUGUUAAACAAAACACCUCUUCACCAGGGCAGAAGUUUAUUAAGGAUGAUAUUGAAACACUUCAGAGUAAACACAGGAGUCUGGAAGAAAGACUUGAAAAUGUUGAGCAAAAGGAGGAAAAUAUUUUCACUGAAGUCCUUGAGUUAAAAGAUGAGUUUGGUAAUGAAAUGCAGAUGGAAGAUAAGGCAGAUGCAAUGCUGAAGAGAGAGACACAGAUCACUUCUGAUACUCCUGUUGCUGCAGAAGAGAGCCCUGCAGCAGUGGAGUUAAAGGACCCUUUUGAAAUGCAUGAUGGGGAGGUUGAUAAAGAGAGCCCAGGUAUGGACAAACAUGAGAAGGUCCAAGAGGACAUUCUGGACAACACGGUUCAGGGUGGUGAAGCAGAACUAGAAAGACAUCAGGAUGGUGUUGGUAUUGAAGGUGAUGAAACAAGAAAGGACACCCAUCCAGCAGAGGAGGAUGUCAAGAAUCAGUCAUAUAGAGAAGAUGUGGAGCAGGUUCAGCAAAGGGUGUGCCAAAAGAGUCAAGUCCUGAAAUCUGCAGCAGUUGAGAAAGGGGGUCUGCAAUCUAAUCCCCCAGUUCCUGCACGUGAGGACACAGGUGCAGAAGUGGUUGUUCAGAAAGAAUUGUUUCCCGGAGUGCAAGUAAAUACUGAAUAUUUUGAAGAGGAACAAAAGGUCAAUGAGCUGAAAAAUAAAGUGGCUGAACUGGAUAUCGUGCUUAUAAAUGAACAACUAAAAGAGCUGGAGAAUUUACAAACUGAACUGGAAACAUGGAAAGCAAAAUCUUUAUGUCAUAGUCAAGAAGCAUUUCCCAGUGCAACAGGAUCAAACAGAGCAGAGCUGCAAACCACAAAGCCUGCGGUGCCCUGCUGGGACAGGCUGCUUCAAGAACUAGAUGCUGUUAAGGCAGUGAAGCAACAACAGUACUGUUUAAUUAAUGAGUACCAGAAAAAUCUUUCUGCUGCACAGUCCUCAAUGAAAAAUUUGUCAACAGAAAAAGAUAACAUAAAAAUAAGUCCUAUGAACAAUACAGUUCUUCUGGAGAAAAUUAAGGCAUGCAUAGAGUCCUUACGAAAAGAAAGAGAUGUCUUAAACCAGUUGAAAACUCAGCAAGAAAGUUUAUCUCAGCAUUUAACAGGCAUGGAUAAAGUGUUAACUGAAAGCCAAAUGAGGCAACUGGAGCUAUGGUGGCAACACAUGGAGCAAACAGUGCAAAAGAAACAUGAUCAAGUUGUGGCAGAAAUUGAUGAAUUUAACCUGCUUAUGAAUAAAGCACAGGAUAUUCAGAGACUGAUACAAGAGCAGUGUUUACAAGUGGAGUUACAUUCCUCCGCUGCAGGAAAAGCCAAAUAUCCUGUACUUUGGAUGACAGAGCUACAGGACAUUAAACAUGGUCUUUCUCUAUUAACAAGGAGGAUUGAACUGCAGAUGAAAAGAAUUUGGAGUGAUCAAGAGAAGGUAGCUUUGGAGAGCUCUAUACAUGACCUGCAGAGCAAAUUGGAAGCAUUAUCAGCACAACAAACUCCUCGAGAGGAUGUUCAGAUCACUGGUCCUGCUGUCAUGAAACAUGAAAUGAUGAAGAAGAUCAAAGAAAAUAUUUCAUGGGUCAGAGAUUCACUGUCCUUUCUUGAUCAGAAAGCAGCACUUUUCCCCAGUGAUGUUAAAUCACAGAUCAGAAGUUGUCAGCUUAUGAGCACAGAAGUUCUAAACAGAGAGCCUGUGAUUGUAUCGCUGGAUUAUGGGCUCCAACACAUCAUGCCCAGCUUGAAGCCUGAGGAGGUAUCUGAUAUGAAGUUUCUUUUACAAACAUUGCAGGAUUCAUACAAGGCUCUGGUUUUAAAAUCAGCUCAAAGAUUACAGCACUUAGAGUUCCAGCUGGAGGAGAGGCAAAGACUUAUUGCAGAAAUAGAAAAAGUUCAUUGUCAGCUUCGAAAUGCUGAGAUGCUUGCCAGGCCUGAUAUGAACCAAACCAGCACGUGGUCAGAAUUAAUUGAUCGACAAGCCAUUUUAAAGGAGAUUUUAAAGGACGUACAGGAAAUAGAAGGGCUUAUCUCAUCCCACUAUAAAGAGAGUCAGAUCACAGCUGAGGAUCUGAGCCUGUCUGAACAAUUAUUUUUGAUUGAUCAAUUAAGAAGUCUGAAGAAUAGAGCAAAGAAGACACAGAGGCAAAUUCAGAGUAAACUUCAUGAAGUAGAAAAAAAAAUAGCUGUCUACAAAGAGUUUGCUGAAGGAAUAACUUCAUUGCAACAAGAUCUUGUCCUGCAGUAUGGUGAAAUGAACUUGGAAGAAGAUGAACUACUGGGCUCCGAGCAGGAAUUAAAGGAUAAAUGCAAAGCACUUCAAAAAAAAGUAUUAGAUUUCCAGUUCAAUUUGUCACAAAUAAUGAAGUACAAAGAAAUAUUUGAAUGCGUAGGUCUAAAAUGGGACUCACUACAGCUAGAUGAAUUGCAAACGAAAUUUUUUAAAAUUAAAAAUAAAAUUAAGGGCAAGAUAAUACGCUUUGAUAAUGUCGUUAGGGAAUGCAAUAAGAUUCAAGUGUUGCUAAAUGAAAUCCAGGCUAUAACAUCUACUGUAAGAAAAGAAGCUUACAUCCUAAAUGACGGCUCUUGCUCUUCUGCUGAGAAUCUUAUGUCUGCACAGAUUCUGUUUCAGGCAGUUCAACAAAUCUUGUACUUAACCCAGGAGGUAGCAAAUAAAAUAAACAAAAAUGAUGUCCUUGAUACACGAUUCAAAGAAUCUAAGAGGAAAGAAAUAAAGAGCCUGGAGAAGGAUGCUGAGGAACUGAAUCAGUUUCUUCAAAACCUCAUCUCUGGUCUCCACUGUGUAAAUAAGGAAGAUAUCCAGAAUGAAGUAGAAUAUAUAUUUCACAUCAUAAAGCAUAUUCAAUUAGAGCUCCAGCAGCCACUUCUGAUAGACAUAAAAAUAAUGCAGUAUGAAAAGUUACGAUGGGAAGCAAUUCAGAAAAUGAUGCAAGCAAAGUUCUCCGCUAUUAAUUGUAUAAUGGAAAAAGAGAGAAAAAAUCCAAAAGAAAAAUCUCUUGCGGCUGGUAUAGAAACAAAACUAGAGACACUGCAAGAUCAUGAAACACAACUGAAGAUAGACAUUGCUGCCCGUGUUAGUGCUCUGGAGGAGGCAUGUAAAGCUGGUGAGCUUUAUACCAAGGCUGUUCAGAGGGCUGCCACGUUCCUUGAGGACUAUGAAGCUGGACUCCAGUCUGCCACAGCAGAGCUCGGUAGCUCAGAGGAGAUCUGUCAGACUCCACAAUGGAACGAAGAAGAGUUCAACUCUGCAAAGGCUGACAUAGAAAACGUGUACUCCAAGCUGAAGAACGUAGUGAAACCAGAAGAUAAAAUAUGCCUGGAAAAUACUUUAACAGAACUAGUCAGUAAGAGUUUGGCAUUAAGGGAGAAGGCUCAAAGAAAGGAAGCUGAUGAACAGAGGUAUUUUGAAAAAUACAAAAGCUACACAAAAACCAAAGAUAAGGUGUGUGAUAAUCUUAACAAACUGGAAAAGAUGCUUAGACAGUCUUUGUCUCAAAUACCAACGUCUUACAAAGAAGCUUUGGAGCACUUAGAAGAAAGCAAGAUUUUAGUCUCCAACAUUGACUUGGCUGAAGAUGAUCUUGUGAAGCUGAGGCAGGUCUCUGGAGACCUGAUGAAAUUACGCUGCAGAAAUGACAGGGCACUGGGCAGGAUUGUAACAGUGCUGUGGGAAAAUUGGCUGAGUUUGCUUGAGGCUGCAAAAGGGCUGGAAAUUAACUGUGAAGAACUAAAGCAGGAAUGGAAAUUCAUCAAUGAAGAGCUGGAACGUGAAGCAAUAAUUCUCGAUAAGCUCCAGGAAGAACAGCCAGAAAGUCUAAAAGAGAAAGAAAAGGCUACCAGAGAGGAACUGGUAGAAUUACUAGAUUUUGUGAACUCAUUUGAGGAAAACAUCAACCAGCAACAGCUCCUCUUACUCUUACUUCUUCACCGAAUAAGAAACAUCCUGAAUACAUCUGAAAAUACUGAGGCAGAAGCUGCCCUUCCUGCCUUAUGCGAGAUAAAGGCAAUGCAGGAUCGAUGUAAAAAGUUAUAUGAAAAGACUCAAGACCAUAAGGAUUCCGUACAAGCUGAGAUUCAAGAGAGGAGCAAGAUCACUGAGGAAAUAAGUGCUGUGACAAAUGCAUUACGGCAUGCUGCAUCUGGAUUAUCACAAGAUGCUGCUGGAAAGGCAGGACAACUGGAGGAGGUUCAGAGCGUGAUUGGUAAAGAAAAUCAAACUCUAAAGGAUAUCAUGGAGAAACUCCGGAUCAAGUAUUCUGAAAUGUAUACAACAGUUCCUGCAGAAAUCCAAACACAGCUGGAGGACAGCAAGAAAGUAUUGCAAGACCUAGAAGACAAGGUUAGCUUUGAAAUCUUGCAGAGCUCUCCUCAGUAUGUGCUGAAAAGAAAAGCAGAAACUAUUAACAAUGGCCUUCAAGCUAUUGAAAAGAUGUUACAACAGAAGAGUGAAAACAUUGCAAAAGCCAAAGAAGUUCAGAAGCAAAUCUGGGAUAUGCUGGACCUUUGGCAUUACAAACUCAAUGAACUGGAUGAAGAAGUGCACGAUAUAGUAGAGCAGAAUUCCUGCCACGCACAGGAGUUGAUGGAUAUCUUAGUGACCCCCCUUCAGCAGUACCAACAGGUCUCGCAACUUGCCGAGCGCAGAACUGCCAUUUUAAACAAGGCUGCCAACAAGAUGGAAGAAUAUGAUGAACUCUUGAAGAAUGUGAAAGUUUGGAUAGAAAACACCGACUGCUUGCUAAAGGCAGAUGCUCAAAUUAACUCUGGAAAAAGCUUACGCAAACAUACUGAUAACCUUCAGAUGGCUUUGGAAGACUCGGAGCAAAAGCAAAAACUUCUACACAGUGUUUACUUGGAGCUGGAAGAGCUAACGCCAGUCUUUGAAACAGACAGCAUAAUGCAGCAGUUAAAUGAAAUAAAUGAUCAAGUAGCAACUUUACAGCAUGAGAUAGCAGAGAUUCUUCCGCAGAUCCAGCAUGUGGCUGAUGAAUUGGAUGCCAUUGAAUCUCACGUGAAAGUGUUUGAGAAGGAAAUUGCCAAAAUGAAGACAAUCCUGUCAUCAGAAGAUCUGUUAGAGUUUUCUCCUAAAGACCAACUUCAACAUGGACAGGUUAUACUUGACCGUGUUGGUCCCAUGCAAAAGACCAUUGCUCAUAUACAGUCCUACAAAGAAUCACUUCAGCUACCAGGGGUGAAAAUGCAACCUUUCUCAGUCUUCCAAACAGCAAGACAACUCUUGAGAGAAUUGAAGAAAUUAGAAAAAAUUACUAAGGAACAAAGUGACCUAUUGGAGGAAGCUGUAAUGAAAAUAGAAGAAUGUGAGCAAGAAAUUGAAAAGUUGAAACAAUUCUUAAAGAACCACUUGGUUGAAAUAUCACAUGAAGAUCAGCCACUGGCUCAAAAGACUCAUUGUCCAGAGGGAGAAAUGGAAGCUGUAAAAGAAGAAAUCAUAAAGUUGUGCCAAAGAAAGGAAGAUAUCCUUACUGGGAUGAAGAAUUCAAUGUCUGAGCUUCACCAGCGCUUACAGCAAGAAGUGCCUGAAUCAGACAGUGAACCCACAGCCUCUGUAUUAGCACAAAGUGACUUGAUGGGGUCUGAUGUUCCUGGUCAGCAGUUGAAAAAAAGAGGAAUGAUGUCUCUUCUACCUUCCUUAGACGAAGAAUCAGAAGACUGUUCUGUCCACAGCAAGAGCAACAAGCCGCCUCCUGCCCACGCCGGGAAGGCUGUAGCUCACAGCGGGCUUGAGCCGGAAGUGAUCCUGCAGGUGUGCCAGGCCCAGGUUGCUGAGAUGGAUCAAUGGCUAGAUCAAACCAAAGUGUCCCUGAGGUCAGACCCUCAGACCCCCAAAAUGCAGCACAUGGUGGAACAGCAGCUUGCUGAUUGCCAGGUGAGGUUAUCAGAUAUUGAACAAAAGGUCCUGUCUUUAAUGGGAGGUUAUGGAGAUAGUCCAGACUACCAACAAGAGACUGAGUCACUCUCCUUGAAGCUGAAGGAAGUGAAAUCCAAUUUGGAAGAAGUCCAGAGGAUGCUUCAAGACACAUACGAUGAAGACCAGGAUCUGGAAGCAACUGGGCAGAAAAGCCUCAUUGACUUAAUUGAGUCGUGCAUGGAAAAAAUGCAGCAACAGGUUGAGGACAGCGUAACUCAGAAAUUAGAAUCAAGCAACGGAGAAUCUGAUCCAAAGAGCAAGCAGCCUGAUCCCACCUUCGCUCCAAAGGACCAAACAGAUAAUAAAUGGCAACAUUUCCCACAAGACCUGUCAUCAGAGAUGAAAUCUCCUCUCUGGCAGCUCGUGGAACCUCCGGUCCGUUUAAAUUCGAUUCCGGCAAAGAUGAACAUCACCCCCCAAGGCACGUUUGCUGAUGCAGAAACCUCAGCUGUGGAAGAACUGAAAACUCACACUGUCCAGCUGGGAGACCUAAGCCAAGAAGCAAAUGCGGUGCAUGCAGAGACUCUUUCUGUCGACCUGCAAAAACUUCAGGCUUAUGUGAGUGAUAAAAAGGAUGAUCUUCUAAAGUGUAUUGGCUGCGCUGGUGGGAGCACAGAUGAGUUCUGCAAGUGCUUUAACAACUUGCAGGCAUGGCUGGAACAAACUGCAGCUGCCACUGCUUCAAGGAGUAACUCAAUGAAGGAUGAGCUGGAUCAUAAUAGCAAUUAUCAGAAUGAAACCAGGCUGCUAUAUGACCAGUUAACUGAGAAAAAAGCUACUCUGCAACAAAGCUUGAAUGCAAUACGUGGACAUAACAUUUCUGAACAGCUUCAGAAAACUAAUGCCUGUGUUUUGGAGCUGGAAGACUUUGAAAACAAAGUAGCAAAACUGAGAGGCUUUGGGGAAAGAUUUCAAUUACCUACCACCUUAAUCCAGGAAGUUUAUAAAUUAGAGGAUGUUUUGGACGACAUGUGGGGGAUUCUGAAAGCAAAGUAUGAGGAGCUGUACUCUCCUUCCACCAUUGACAGCCAGUAUGAAGACUUACUUCGCGGGUUUGCAGACCUGGUAGCCAUUGGGCAAGAGAAGAUUGCACAAGAUCCAAAGCAGCUAACGAAAAGCAAAGCAGCUCUACAGUCUCACCUGGAAAAUCACAAGGACUUUUUCCACAACCUUAUGAUCCGCUUGGCUUUCAUGCAAGCAUUUUCCAAGAAAGUGACUCCUUCCAUCCUACAAAAGAGAGAGGAAUUCUGGCAAGAGCUGGUGAAUGACGUCAAGUUGCUGGAGCAGAAGGCCAUCCAGUAUGGCAUACACUUGGAGAGCCUGUUAAAGGAAUGGAUGCAAUUUGAUGAUGAAUGCCUCGUUUUCAAUAAGGAGUUAGAGGCACUUGCCUCUGCAUUGCCUUCUGUGAAUUUGGUUGAAGAAACAGAAGAAAGAUUAAUGGAAAGGAUUGCACUUUUAGAGCAAAUCAAGAGCAGUGUUGAUGAAAAGCAUGCCAGGCUGUAUCAGAUGGUGAAAGAAGGGAAGAAAUUGAUGGCUGCUGUGAGCUGUCCAGAAAUAAGAAGCCAGAUUGGGAAGCUGGAAGAGCAGAGGUUGUCUUUAACCAAAAAAGUUGGCCAUGAACUACACCGACUUCAAACAUUACUCAAACUCUUGAUCAGCUACAACAGAGACUCAGAGGAAUUAAUGAAAUGGCUGGAUUCUGCUCAGCAGAGAAUUAAUUUUUGGACGGAGCAGUCUCUAAACGUGUCACCAGAUCUUCCCACCAUCAGGGAUAACAUCAACAGCUUGCUUGCAUUCUCUAAGGAAGCUGAUGAGAAAUCUUCCCUGAAGACAUCUGUGGUGAGCACUGCCAACCAGCUCUUUCAUGUGAAGCAAGCUGAUACCACAGCACUUAGGUCAUCUUUGGCAAAGUUUGAGCAAAAAUGGGGAGAAAUGACUACACAGCUCUCAGCCAUCCAAGAAAAGCUUCACCAGCUUCAGAUGGAAAAACUUUCAUCGCGAGAAGCUAUUGCUGAGCUAAUGGCCUGGCUGGACCAUGUGGAACAACAGCUGGGACAUGAGGAGCCAAUAAAUUCACAACAUAGUGCUGCCCAAGUCAAAAGCCUCCUUCAGAAGUACAAGGAAUAUAUGAUGGAAAUGAACUUUAAACAGUGGACAGUAGAUUUUGUUAACCAGUCGCUCUUGCAGAUGAGCACUUGUGAUGUGGAGAGCAAGCGCUAUGAAAGGACAGAAUUUGCCGAGUGUCUUGGAGAGCUGAACCUGCGGUGGCACAGGCUGCAGGCAUCUCUGAACAGAAAGAUACAAGACCUGGAAUACAUUUUGGAGGAUAUUACUGAAAAUGAGAACAAAGCCCAGACUCUACACAACUGGCUGGAAGCUCAGAGUGAUCAACUGAGAUCUUUACAAACCCCAGCAAGUCUCAUCUCUGCACAGAACACGUUAGAUGUUUGCAAGGAGCUAGAAAACCAACUCACAAUUAAAUCCAAAACUCUUGAUGAGCUCAAACAGAGUUUGGCUUUGAAUGGUAGUGUAGAACAAAGCCCAGAUUCUCCAUCUUUCAGGAUAGCUGAGCUGUGCGAAAUGGUGGACGGCGUUGUAAGCCAGGUUGCACAGUUAAAGACCUCAAUGCAGUCAAUACUGGAGCAGUGGAGAGUAUAUGAUGAAGCUUAUGCAGAAGUCAGCUUGAUGACAACAAGAUAUUUGUACUGCAUAAACCACUGCAAACCUUCUGUGGCAUCUUUGGAAGCUUUGGAAAAACAGGUCAACACUCUCCAGUCCCUUCAAGAUGAAUCAGAGAGCAGUGAAGAAAGCUGGGCCAAGCUCCAGGCUGCUGCAAGUAACCUGAAGAAGAGCUGCUCUCCCUCCUUUGCAGAGAUUAUGGAACAGAAGUGCAUGGAGGCACACACUAGGUGGAACUCAGUAAAUGAAGACAUCACAGAUCAACUGCGGGCAGCACAAGCGACCAUGCAGCUUUUGGAGCCCUUGAAUACUUCAUGCACUGAGGCAGCAGCCAAGUUACAACAGCACGAAGAGCAGUACAAUCAGCUCUUGGAUGCUCACAUGCCUGAGGAUAACAUGAUAGAAACUCUGCAUCAGAGGAUACAGGAUAUAAGGAAUUUACAGCGUCGUGUUCAAAACAUCCAAGUAUUCCAUGCAGAGAUUUCUUUCAAGGCUGAUAAGAUAAAACAGACGUCUGGGACAACUGCAGAAACCAUUCUGCUGGAGAAGUGUGAGCCGCUCCAGAGAGCAUACUAUUUGGAAAAGAUGUUGCAGAGGAAGUUAAAUGAAUUUGAGUUCAGUCUUUCACAACUGGAGGAUUUCAACAAGUGCCUUGAAACACUGGAGGGUUGUGUCAAGAAUUGCACCGAUGCCUUCGAAAGUCUCUGUAUAUGGGGAGAAACAGACAGCUCAGAGUUGCUCCUGAAUCACACACUGGAGCUUGCUGCGCUUUCUCCAAAUGUAAAGAGUUUGAAUGAAACAAGCGUUAAGCUGCCACUCAGUGACUUCACCCUGAAGAAAAUGCAGAGCCUGACUCGGCUGUGGAGUCAGAAAAGAGCCGCUGCUCUGGAACACUGGAGUAAGCGUGAAGGAAUUAAUGAUGAUGAAAAGAAAAUCUUCCAGAAAUGUGAAAACUGGAUGAAAUUCCUAGAAAAAAUGAGAGAUGCCUUAAAAACAAAUAUUCCUGAACGGUUUGAAGAACUGAAAGAGCAACAGAGAGUAUAUGAGAUGCUGCAAACUGAGAUUUCCUUAAAUCAGCAGAUAUUUAAUUCUAUCAUAGCAAAAGUUCUACACUCCUUGGCAUCUGAAGAGGCAGAAAAGAGAAGAGAGUUCAUUUCCAAGCUCCUGUUGCUGAAAGAGCAGUGGCAGAACCUUACUCAGACGGUUCUGCAGAGGAAGAAAGAUAUCGAUGGACUUGUGAGCCAGUGGCAGCUCUUCAGGAGUUCCCAGCAGAGCCUCGGCAGAUUCCUUGAUGAUAUGAACAACUUCUUGGCAGCGCUGAAGAGCCAGGGCCGCUACAGCCCUCACCAUGUUAGAAAUCUAAUUCAUGAUUGCAAGAUUAAGGCAGUGAUUCUUCAGAGGUGGCAAGCCAUGUACUCUUUAACCAUUGAUGUCGGGGAGAAGCUGCGCACUGUCACGGAUCCCGAGACCAGCAGUGUUCUCCAGGAGGAGCUCAGCCAGUUACAGCAGAGUUGGGGGAACGUUCAGGCCCUGCUGGAGAAAAACAAGAUGGCAUUCAUCUACAUCAUACAGAAUUUGGAGCUCUUUGAAAAGCGAACCAAGGAAUUAGAAAGCAGGGUGCAGGAGCUAAAGGAGAAAAGCGAAGAUCUGCUUCCGGUUGAACAUGAAGAGCUCUACAAAGCCAAGGAACACAUUAAGGAGCUGGAGCAGUCGCUGGCAGACUGCACCCCAAACAUGAAGGAUCUGCUGCGCACCAAGGUGUACGUGGGUUACUGCUUCUUCACCGAGGACAUGAAGGUGCUCCGGGAGCAAGCUGAGCGCCUGCACCGGCAGUGGGAAGAGCUCUGCUUGCGGGUGUCUCUGCGUAAGCAGGAGAUUGAGGACAGACUCAACGCCUGGAUUGUGUUCAAUGAAAAGAACAAGGAGCUGUGCUCCUGGCUGGUACAAAUGGAAAGCAAAGUGUUGCAGACUGCAGAUGUCAGCAUUGAAGACAUGAUAGACAAAUUGCAGAAGGAUUGCAUGGAAGAAAUAAACCUGUUCAGUGAAAAUAAGCUUCAGUUGAAACAAAUGGGUGAUCAGCUAAUCAAGGCUAGCAGCAAGAACCGGGUUGCAGAAAUAGAUGAUAAACUCAACAAAAUCAAUGAUCGCUGGCAACAUCUCUUCGAUGUCAUUGGAGCACGGGUGAAGAAACUGAAGGAAACAUUUGCUUUUAUACAACUAUUGGACAAAAACAUGAGUAACCUUCGCACCUGGCUGGCCCGGAUUGAGUCAGAGCUUUCCAAGCCUGUUGUUUAUGACAUCUGUGAUGAUCAAGAAAUCCAGAAGAGAUUGGCAGAACAGCAGGAUCUGCAACGAGACAUAGAACAACACACUGCAGGGGUGGAAUCCGUGUUUAAUAUUUGUGAAGUCCUGCUACACGAUUCAGAUGCGUGUGCUAAUGAGACAGAGUGUGACUCCAUCCAGCAGACUACCAGGAGUUUGGACAGACGGUGGAGAAACAUUUGCGCCAUGUCUAUGGAAAGGCGAAUGAAAAUUGAGGAAACCUGGCACCUGUGGCAGAGAUUUUUUGAUGACUAUUCUCGCUUUGAAGAUUGGCUAAAAUCAUCUGAAAUGAUAGCCGCAAAGCCUAAUUCUUCAGAGGUUUUGUACACACAUGCAAAGGAGGAGCUGAAGAAAUUUGAGGCAUUCCAACGGCAUGUUCAUGAACGAUUGACUCAGUUGGAGCUGAUCAAUAAGCAGUACAGGCGUCUCGCCCGCGAGAACCGUACAGACUCGGCCAGCAAGUUGAAGCAGAUGGUACACGAAGGCAACCAGCGCUGGGAUAAUCUCCAGAAACGAGUCGCUGCCAUUCUGAGGAGACUCAAGCACUUCACCAGUCGGAGAGAUGAGUUUGAGGGGCUGAGAGAAAGCAUCCUUGUUUGGCUCACAGAAAUGGACCUCCAACUGACAAACGUGGAGCACUUCUCAAAAAGUAACUUUGAUGACAAAAUGCGUCAGUUAAAUGGUUUCCAGCAGGAAAUAACACUAAACACCAAUAAGAUUGAUCAGCUCAUCGUUUUCGGGGAGCAGUUGAUUCAGAAGAGUGAGCCUCUGGAUGCUACCCUGAUUGAAGGCGAAUUGGAGGAACUUCAUCGCUAUUGUCAGGAGGUGUUUGGGCGAGUUGCUCGAUUCCAUCAAAGGCUGACGUCAAGGCAUCCUGGAUUGGAUGAUGAAAAAGAGUCCUCUGAAAAUGAGACAGAUCCAGAAGACUCUGGAGAAAUCCAGAAUGAUCCCUGGCAUAAGAAGGCCUCUGCAGCACAGUCCCUUGGCCAGCUUAUGCCCCCUGCUCAAGGUCAUGAAAGAUCAGGCUGUGAAACCCCUGUCAGUGUUGACUCCAUCCCACUCGAGUGGGAUCACACAGGUGAUGUGGGAGGUUCCUCCUCUCCUGAAGACGAAGAAGAAGCAACAUACUACAGUGCUCUGUCAGAUGUAGAAAUCACUGAAAAUCCUGAGGCAUAUCUUAAAAUGACCACAAAAACUUUGAAAGCAUCUUCUGAAAAGUCUCUUUCAGAAGCUCAUCCCUGGCAUUCCCCAGAUAGCCCAGUCUGCAGGAAACGCCGAUACCACCAGUCAAAGAUUGCUGGAAAUGUGUUGUCUGGUCCAGAGACGAGUACUCCCUAUAAGCCAGACUAUGUGAAGCAGCUCAGCUGUGCAAGCAGCAGCAGCAGCAAUAAGGAGAAAAUUCCUUCUGCCAACAUGAGCGAUGAAGAACCCCAAGAUGACCAAGAGCUUGUGAAUAUAGCAGCUGCAGGGAAGCAGCCAGGCAUUAUUGAUAGAUGGGAGCUCAUCCAAGCUCAAGACCUCAGAAAUAAACUUCAGAUGAAACAGAAAUGGCAGCAGUGGCAGCAGCUGAACUCAGAUCUCGGCGACGUCUCUGCUUGGCUUGAUAAAACUGAGGAAAAGUUGGAAGAACUGCAAAAAAUGAAACCUCCAACCAGCAUACAGGCAUUGGGACAAAGGGUCAAGAAAUUGGAAGACAUUCUUAAGGCAUUUGAUAACUACAGGGCAGUGAUGCUUUCCAUUAACCGGAGCAGCAAAGAAUUCCAGGAAGCGGAUAGCACAGAGCUCAAAGAGCUUCAGAACAAGCUUCAGAAGGUGAACUUGCACUGGGAGACAGUCGCUCAUGUACUGAACAACUGGAAGAAGGGUUUACAACAAGCCCUACUGCAUUGCCAGGACUUCCAUGAUCAGAGCCAAAAACUAACCCUGUGGUUAGCAAGUGCCGAUAGGCGAAGGGAUGAAGCACAAAUCACAGAUCCAAAUGCUGACCUCAAUACAAUACUGAAAAGCCAGAAGGAGCUCAUGCAACUGGAGAAAGAGCUGCUGGAACAACAGCGUAACAUAAGCCCUCUUCAAGAACUCACUGCUUCCCUGCUGCCUAAGUCCCAAGGUGAUUGCAUUCAAGAUGGUGAGAAGGUCCAUGUAAUUGGAAGUAAACUGAAACGGCUUACUGAACAAGUUUCAGAUGACUUAAAAACAAUACAAGGAAAUCUGGAUACCAAAUCGUUCCUGCUGCUUCCAGACAACUUGGUCUCCAGAGUCCAUAAUUCAUCCAGCCCUGCUAUGACAAAGCACAGCGUAAGGAGAACGGCAGAUGGCAGAAACGGCAGCAGCACCAGAAGCGAAAGCAACAACAAUCAAGCAACUCCUCAGUCUUCCUCCUUCUUUUACCGCGUGUUACGAGCAGCUUUACCUUUCCAGUUGUCCUUUCUAAUCCUUUUACUUUUGGCUUUCAUGGUUCCCUUUUCUGAGGAAGACUACAGCUGCACCCGGGCAAACAACUUUGCCCGUUCUUUCUCUCUCAUGCUGGUGUACACCAACGGGCCUCCACCGACUUAGAAAGCAACGUGUGAGUCUUCACCAUCUCUGCAGUGCUUUCUUCGUGCUGCCAACAUUCGUCAAGCAAUGAUGUCACACAAUUGGAUAAAGAAACUUUUGUGCUGUUAGUUGACUCCUACAGCACCCUUAUAUCCUAAAGGAAGCCUCGCGUUUAUAAGCCUCCUUUUCUUGUUGCAGGGAACGUGUUAAAUUUCACAUCUCAGAAUUUAUAUCUUGACAAAAUUUCAGUGGUUUUGUAAGGAAAAUGAACUUUUUCUAUAGAUUUUUAAACUGUAAGCAACCCGCUUUAUACUUUAAUGCAAUAGGUACACUAUUUUAUAGGUGCAGUACUCUUAAGCUUGCAAGGUGAUUGAAUACUGAGUUAUUAGGUGCAGAAACUACAUCACAGUAAUCUUAAACACAGUAGUCUAUCUCAGGUUAGCAUGCAGACGAGCAGUUGAAGAGGCACUUUGCAUAAAAUGAUUACCCCACAUAUUUCACGUUACCUGUAUCUCUUGGGUCUGUAGUCACUUGGUGGAAACAAAAAAAUUGACGUCUCUUUGAAUCUUUGUUAUUAGUAUUGUGUUUUAUUCAUCUGACACGUUCAAUAAAAGGCUGCAUAUUUGUUUUGUUUAACAAACAGCGUUUUUGUGGUUAGGACUGCUGUGUCGUCUUUUUAUACUACCUCUGAAAUAAGAAAUUGCUGCAUUGCUUGGAAAUGGUUUAUAAUGCACAUAUUUUCUAGAUGAACAUGAUUAUGUCAGCUAUCCCUGAUGUAUACAAAUAAUGUAAUGACUUUUUUUAAUGAAAGAUUUUUUCUGGUUUUAACCUGCUGAAGAAUGUACAGUAUCAUGGGAGAGAAUUGUGCAUUUUUAUAAGCUUCAUCUUUAAAAUUAAACUGACACUUGAGCAAUGGCUAGAGAAACACUGUGUACGGUCAGCAUUGCCAUUGCUUCUCGGUUGUACGGUUGGAGUACUGUCAUUAAAAUUUUGCCCAUGUC